UCUAGGUGUAGUGGCGUGCCCUUGCCGUAGUUAUAGGCAGGGCAGCAGUGUUAACGUGCAUGGAUUUGUUGCGUGGGAGGAAACCGGAGCAUCCGGAAUAAUCGCCAACUACAAUGGAGUGGGUAGAGUCGUUCUGCGGAGGGUGCAGGCGUGCGUCCUCUCCGGUAGGUGGCGCUCCACGAGCUAUCAUUGCGUAAACUGCUGAUAAAAAUAAGUAGAGCUAUAGCCCCUCCUUUACCGCGUCCAACUCAACUCUUGCUUGUGGUGUGGUGGUGCUGAAGUGGUGUUCUCGUCCACUGGAUUUGAUGCUCAAGAAGGAGCCUCCAACGCAUCACCACCGCACCGAUGUCUCAACCAGGGCUUGGGGCAGACCACCGUUUCUAGGAUUACCCCUCGUUGUCUGCAGAGGUAGAUGAUGAGGACAGGUGUUCGGAGCGUUUACUCCACGGAUUGCAACAGACUGGGAAGUAAGGUUUACCCACAGCUACCCCCCAUCGGAUGACUUGAGUGAGGAGUCAGAAUGGCAGGGGGUCGGAGAGGACUUGUGGCCCCUCAAAAUACUUUUUUGGAGAAUAUUGUCAGACGAUCAAAUGUUUGGACACUGUCACAUAGACAGACAGACACCAACUUUGUUCUGGGAAACGCUCAGAUCGUAGACUGGCCAAUUGUCUACAGUAAUGAUGGCUUCUGCAAACUGUCUGGCUACCAUCGUGCUGAGGUCAUGCAGAAGAGCAGCACUUGCAGCUUCAUGUAUGGGGAGCUCACAGAUAAGGACACGAGUGACAAAGUGCGGCUAACGUUUGAGAACUAUGAGAUGAAUUCCUUUGAAAUACUAAUGUACAAGAAGAACAGAACGCCUGUCUGGUUCUUCGUAAAGAUCGCUCCGAUACGAAACGAGCAGGAGAAGGUGGUCCUAUUCCUCUGUACCUUCAGUGACAUCACAGCCUUUAAACAGCCCAUCGAGGACGACUCUUCCAAAGGCUGGGGGAAGUUUGCCCGUUUGACCCGUGCCCUGACCAGCAGUAGAGGAGUGCUGCAGCAGCUCCAACCCACCGUCCACAAAGGAGAGAACGUCCACAAGCACUCGCGCUUAGCUGAGGUGCUGCAGCUGGGCUCCGACAUCCUACCUCAGUACAAGCAGGAGACGCCGAAGACCCCGCCCCACAUCAUCCUGCACUACUGCCUCUUCAAGACCACGUGGGACUGGGUGAUCCUCAUCCUCACCUUCUACACGGCCAUCAUGGUGCCCUACAACGUGUCCUUCAAGACCAAGCAGAACAACGUCACAUGGCUGGUGGUGGACAGCAUCGUGGACGUCAUCUUCCUGGUGGACAUCGUGCUCAACUUCCACACCACCUUCGUGGGCCCCGCCGGCGAGGUCAUCUCGGACCCCAAGCUCAUCCGCAUGAACUACCUGAAGACCUGGUUCGUGAUCGACCUGCUGUCCUGUCUGCCCUACGACGUCAUCAACGCCUUCGAGAACGUCGACGAGGGGAUCAGCAGCCUCUUCAGCUCCCUCAAGGUGGUCCGCCUGCUCCGUCUGGGUCGAGUGGCCCGCAAGCUAGACCACUACAUCGAGUACGGGGCCGCCGUGCUGGUCCUGCUGGUGUGUGUGUUUGGACUGGCGGCCCACUGGCUCGCCUGCAUCUGGUACAGCAUCGGGGACUACGAGGUGAUCGACGAGGACACCAACAUCGUGCGCCUGGACAGCUGGCUCUACAUCCUGGCCGAGACGGCGGGUACGCCCUACCGCUUCAACGCCAGCGGCUCGGGCAAGUGGGAGGGCGGGCCCAACAAGGACUCGGUGUACAUCACCUCGCUGUACUUCACCAUGACCAGCCUCACCAGCAUCGGCUUCGGCAACAUCGCACCCACCACCGACGGGGAGAAGAUCUUUGCCGUGGCCAUGAUGAUGAUCGGAUCCCUCCUCUACGCCACCAUCUUCGGUAACGUGACAACCAUCUUCCAGCAGAUGUACGCCAACACCAACCGCUACCACGAGAUGCUGAACAGCGUGCGGGACUUCCUCAAGCUGUACCAGGUGCCCAAGGGCCUCAGCGAGAGGGUCAUGGACUACAUCGCCUCCACCUGGUCCAUGUCCCGGGGUAUAGAUACUGAAAAGGUCUUGCAGAUAUGCCCUAAGGACAUGCGAGCGGACAUCUGUGUCCAUCUGAACCGCAAGGUCUUCAAGGAGCACCCCGCCUUCCGGCUGGCCAGCGACGGGUGCCUCCGCGCGCUGGCCAUGGAGUUCCAGACCAUCCACUGCGCCCCGGGAGACCUGAUCUACCACGCGGGGGAAAGCGUGGACAGCCUGUGCUUCGUGGUAUCCGGAUCCCUCGAGGUCAUUCAGGACGACGAGGUGGUGGCCAUCUUGGGGAAGGGCGACGUGUUUGGGGACGUGUUCUGGAAGGAGGUGACCCUGGCUCAGGCCUGCGCUAACGUGCGAGCGCUGACCUACUGCGACCUGCACGUCAUCAAGCGUGACGCUCUGCAGAAGGUGCUGGAGUUCUACACGGCGUUCUCCAACCACUUCUCCAGGAAUCUGCUGCUCACCUACAACCUCCGCAAGAGGAUCGUCUUUCGUAAGAUCAGCGAUGUGAAGCGUGAGGAGGAGGAGCGGCUGCGACGUAAGAACGAGGCGCCCCUCAACCUGCCCCCGGACCACCCGGUGCGCCGGCUCUUCCAGCGCUUCAGGCAGCAGAAGGAGGCGCGGCUGAACACCGACCGGCCCGACCUGGACGACCACGACCUGGAGCGGGGUCCCCUGUACACCGAGAUCCCCUCGGCAAACAAGGCGCCCGUCGCCACCACCAGUAUCGUCACGGUGACGGAGAGCCCGGCCACGCCCUCGUCGUCGUCCUCCCUGCCCCCCGGCUCCUCCCCCGCCCCCUCCGACAAGGCCAAGCUCCAGGCGCCGGUGUCGGCCAUCGCCCUGAUGGGGGGCCGGCCGGCCGAGCCCGCCAAGGUGAAGGGCUGGGGCCGCUUCAAGGAGUCCAUGGCCAAGACGGACCAGUGGAACAAGGUGUCCAAGGCCGAGUCCAUGGAGACUCUGCCCGAAAGGACAAAGGCUCACGAGCCGCCGCUGCCGCUGAAGAAGACGGACUCCUGCGACAGUGGCAUCACCAAGAGCGACCUGCGCCUGGACAAGAUGGGGGAGCCGCGCCUGACGCCCCAGGACCGCAGCCCGGUGCAGCCCGACGCCCGGCACGCCUUCUACCCCAUCCCCGAGCAGACGCUGCAGGCCUCGCUGCAGGAGAUCAAGCUAGAGCUCAAGGACGACCUCAAGAGCCUGAACGCACGAAUGUCGGGCCUGGAGGCCCAGCUCGCAGAGGCCCUCCAGCUCCUCAGGGCCAGAAGAACAGCUGCUGCUUCCCCAAAGCCCCUUUUUGAGAUCUCCAGACCCACGUCACUGGACAGCGACAAAGACGACCUGUUCUCGUGAGGGUGGAGAGAGGAACAUGUGAGUGAUGGACAUUGAACUCGGGCUGGGACACUUUGCUGGCCAGCUGUUUUGUGUUGGAAAUAUCAUGGUCUUCCUCAAGAUUUGCUGGCUUUGACAUUAGGUGCCCCUCAGUGGAAUUCCAAAGGGGAGGUACUUUGAGUUACAAAGGUUUGUUAAGGGAUGUUUGAGUGGAAUAGAUUUGCACAGGAGAGCAAUGGAAAGACAGUUGAACAAUUGAAAGCUGACAGCUACACGUUUGUUUAAACAAUCUAAUUAUAUUUUCCAUAGCACACUGAUGGAAAAUGAGCUUGACCAAUAAUCGUUAGGGAGCGCUUGCAUGUCAGAGACUUUUGAAGCUGUGCAUCGGUAAGGAUGCAUCUUUGAUUAACAACUUGCAACAUUUGCAUUUGUUUUUACACUCAUAAAGAAAGGCAUUUUGGCAAAACUUUGCACUGAAUCAGGAUGAGGCUAUCAUUGUGUUUUAGUGUCAUUAUUAUUGUUGUAAUUACAAAUAAUGUAUUUCUGGCCAAGCUCUCUGUUACAUCACAACGAUAAGUGCCCCAGCAAUGCCAACAUCAAUGUGUUGUUUAUUAUAUAUAUAUUUUUUUUUUUAAUUGAUUGUGAACGUGUGACAGAUAUGUCUUUGACCCUGUGCAAGCUGUAUGCUUCAAGGGAUUUAAAGGCCUUUUUGAUUUGGCUUAGCACAGAACGUCUUUAACCCAUCAAUUCUUGUAUCGAGAUACAAAAAGUAACGAUAAACAAAGCAUGAAAUAUCCAGGUUGCCUAAUAUUUUUUCAUAUGUACCAUGUCGCAGCUGUAAUCAUUUAUAUUUAUCAUAGUCACUGUACAUAAGAUACACUACAAGGUUGCCUGCAAUGUAUGGAAUAAUCGAAAAAUAUCAGAUAUCCUUCAUAUGCACUUCUAGGAUUUUUCCGACUGAAAUACAUUUAUAACAACCCAACUUGAUGAAAUAUAAAUGUAUUACAUUUAUCAUCAAUUUAUUUUUUCAAUUUAAUAUACUGAUGAUUUAUAGAUUGUUUAUCAAAGGAUUCUUUGUUCAGUUAUACAAUCAUAACCAUUAGCAGGGCCCCUAUAUUAGUACUAAGAGUGAUAACAGUACGUAGGACUUAACAUUUGUAUUAAGUCCUACGUACUUACGUUCUCAUGUUACCUCCUAUUUUGCUCUGCUGUUAUUAGUCUUUAUCACAAAAUGCAAAACCUUUUGCAACAUAUUUUAUAAAUAAUGUUGGAUCUCUCUAUUGUGUUAAGAGACCCCCCCCCCCCACACACACACACACACACACACACACAGACCUCGGCCCACCCAUUGACCGUACUUCAAUUAAACCAGACAGACAAUCCAGACCACCUCCGUUUUUCUCUCAAUGCAGACUGUUCUGUAUUUGUGCUACAUUUGUUUGUUUACUUUUUUAAGUUUUUAUUCUAAUCAAUUCACACGACCGAACAACUAAGUGUUAUUUUAUUACCAGUGCGACAAAAUAGUGUUUUGAAACAGGUCGUCUAAUAGAAUGUUUACACAAUUUCUGUAUAAUACUGAAUGUUAAUAUAAUCUUUCAACUUGCAUGAUGCGUCGAUGGAACAAGGUUAUUAGCUGCUAAUUGUACUAGAAAAAAAUAUUUUUACUUGUUCAUUUCAAAUGACAGACAAGACAGUGCUAAUGCUGGGACUUUGAUGACAACAAAUGUUUGUCGGGACACCUAUGAUAUGCACAGUUUAUUGUAUUAACAUGUAUCUGCAAGAACUGUCUCAUAAUCCCUUCACAAAUCCCUGUUGCAAUUUAUUUAUUUUUACAUCACUUUUCAUUGGCAACUCAAGUCCAAGAGGCAAUACAUACAAGUGUCUUACACUCUUAUGAAAUCCAGCAUUAACAUAAUCAUUAUUAUUAAACUUCACUGAUAAGUAGAUGAACUUAGCUACAAUUAGCAUGACCCACAUUAACAGAAACCAUGGCUCACGGAAUGAAACAUCUAUACAUCAUGUUUAUUGACAACCUUUACAGGUUGGGAAGUUCAAAAUGCACCACAUUAUGGAAAUAGAAGUGAUACACUUUCCAGUAUAAUGAGCGAACAUACAACGAUAUUAUGUCCAUGAACUAUUCCAUAUGAAUUGACAUGCAUUUUUUUAGCGAUGACACUAAAGGCUUGAAUAAAGAGGGAUGGUUUUGUAUGCCGGAAGGUGAUUCCUAUUUUAUCAUGUACUUUGCAAGUAGCAUGAAGAGGUGCUGAAAAGAGAAAUGAAAUAGGCAACGGGAUAUGAUGAGUCAGUCUAUGAACUUGCAGUAGCUCUUAAGACACAUUUGUAAACGGUCUAUUGCCCACCAUCUAUCGAUGAAAAAACGAAUCGCUUGAAUGCAACUCUGCAAAGUGUUGAUCAUUCACUAUUCCCCCUGCAGUACAUGGGGAUGGUAUUGCAUGAUGGUGGAGCUUCAGUCCAGAACUUAAAAAGCAAUAUCUAGAACUAUUGUGUAUCAUUAUAAUGUUGUCCCAACUAGAAGGGACAUCUUGCAUAAUGCAGCAUUGCUUAUUUUGAAUACGGUGUCCCAUUAUGAAAAAUAACAUGACUGCAAUCAUAACAACAUUGCCAUCACUACUUUUGCUUGACGUAUUACACUCAACAUUCAGUCAGUUAUUACUGUCCUAUUACCAUUGCCUGGUAUUUAAAAGCAUGUAACUGUGCCUUCAGGAAAGUCCCCUAAUAAGUCAUGCCCAGUCCUGCAGUAAAUUAUUAUAGACGAGAGGAAGCAUGAAUCUGGAAGUUGAAGAGGAUAUUUCUAUUUUUUGGUGGUCAGCUCUAGGAUGUGCCUAUCUUGCCAGACUUCUGGAUCCACCGAUUAUACUGGAAUGAGUUGUUUAUACGAAAUUUGAUAAUUUUGGCUGCAUUAUUCGGUCAUAUGUAAUAUUCACAUGCCUGUAGACAUAUACACAUAUAUAUAUAUAUAUAUAUAUAUAUAAAGAGAGAGAGUAUAUGUUUUAAUAAAG